GUAAGAUUGAAUUAAUACCAUUUACAAGGUGUGCCUUAUCGGGUGUUGUCUUACUCUCUCUUGUUCUUAGCUGUUCUGAAUUUACUUUACAUUGUGGGAUAGCAGAUUCAUCAUGGCAAGCCCUCUACGAUGCUUGGUUCUGUUCUUUAACUUUUUGUUCUUUGUUUUUGGCUUGAUUCUUCUUGGGAUUGGAAUAUGGGGCGAGUUGACGAUGAGUGAUUACUUUGAGCUGGCGAUGCUGGAUAACUAUGGGAUCAACACUGGACCACGACUACUGAUUGCUGUUGGGGCCAUCAUUACUGUUGUGUCUUUCUUCGGCUGCUGUGGGGCUUGGAAAGAGAACAGAUGCAUGUUGAUCAUCUUCCUCGUCCUUCUGGUCAUUUUGUUGGUUUUGGAGAUCGCGGCAGCUGCAGUGGCAUACAACAACAAAGACAAGCUAAAGAAGGAUUUGGCUAAGGAAAUAAAGAGYAAAAUCGAAAAGUACAAGGCAAGGGACAGAGAUGUUGAUGACUUCCAGGAAAAGCUCAACUGCUGUGGUGCUAAUGACUACAAAGAUUGGAAUGUUAACGUUGAGUAUAAACAGAAUUUAUCCGUUCCCGAUUCUUGCUGCAAGAAGGUCACAAAGGCAUGCGGAAAGAACGCUCUUUCUCCUGUAGCUAACAACAAGACAUUAGAAAACAUCAAUCAAAGGGGAUGUUACCAAAUCGUCUUGGAUGACAAUGACAAGAUAAUGGGAGCGAUUGGCGGAGUGGCCAUUGCACUACUCGUCAUUCAGAUUCUUGGCAUUAUCUGCGCCAUCGUGCUUAUCGUUCGCAUGGGAUCCAAAAAAGAAAUCAAUUAAUCAGUAAAAACAGAAAACAAGCGCCGUUCUUGCCUAAUAAGUGUUUUCUCUUUGAUCAAAAAUACAAUAAAUUAGGAUUCGAGGUUUCUUUAGUCUUUUUACUGAUACAGCGGCCAUUUGAAUUCUAUAUGGGAUGCUGAGGGGACAACUAUUGGAAAAUGUAUAGACUGCACAGCUGUCAGGGUGUCUUUUUAAAUUGAUGACUUUACAAAUUUGAAUAAGAUGCACACCUAAAAAGCAAUUGAAUUUUUUGGUAGUUGGAGCCGAUAUGCGAAACGCCAAGACUCUAUGCUUUAUGAAUGUUCUUUGUUAGCCCUCUCGGUAUCCCAUAAUUCAAAAUGGCCGCCGUAUAAGUAAAAGGUUUAUUAUAUACAAGUAAGACUCGUUCAUAAAGUGACUUUCGUUUGCACACAGAUGGACUGGCGGAUCCAUGGGUGGUUCCAUAAGUUCAUUUCAUUGAGCAUGCGUAUUAAGAAAUAACGGCUCUGGGAAUGAGAGCUUAGUCAAUCUCGUACCCAGAGCCUGCGGCGAAGACCGAGGGCUCUGGCAUAAUACUUCCGGUAUAAAAGCGCAUGCGUUCAAAGACUUGCCAAAAAUAAUAAUAAAAAAAAUUCCCCGCUCUCCCCUGUUAGUAUCAAUACUGAAUUCAAAAGUACCCGGGACAGGUUUUCCAUCAAAAUUCAAAUCCGACAUCAAACAAUAUAUAGGGCGUGGUUGGUUUUUGGUGUUCACGUUUUUCUUAGUUUGAAUGUAAAAGCUCUACAGGCAUAAGAUCUCCCUACCUCCAAGCAAAACCCCUUUAGAAAUCUUUAUUUGGAUAUGUAAAGCUCAAAUAACAAAUAAGUAAAUAAAUAGGAAGUUUGAUUUUUUCCUUACUUGUUGGUAACCGCAAAUAAAAUCUAAAACCAAAGUA